GGAUGCCGAAAAUUUUGGGAGGGGUCCCGAGGGGGAUUUUGGGGGUCCCUGAGCCCGAUUUUGGGGGGUUUUGGCCCUCGCAGGACAUCAAGAGCGGGCGCUCGCCGCUGCUGCACGCCGUGGAGAGCGGCAGCCUGGAAAUGGCCGAGCUGCUGCUGCAGCACGGCGCCAGCGUGAACGCGCAGUCCUACGCCGGCUGCACGGCGCUGCACGCGGCCGCCGGCCGGGGGCUGCUGCGGCUGCUGCGGCUGCUGCUGCGCUGCGGCGCCGACUGCGGCCUGCGCAACCUGCACAACGACACCGCCGCCGCCGUGGCCGCCAGCGCCCAG